AUGCCUACUCUUUCAUGGAAACAGGCCUUUAUCGGCCUCAUCCUUCUUGAACCUCUUGCCGCGGCUCUGGUGGUCCCUCCAACGGCCGACUUGAUGUAUCAGGAUGAUCAUCCAGCCAUUGACUCUCAUCGAGCUAAACGCGCUGUUCUCGUGCCGAAUGGAGGUCUCGCCAUCCGCGACGAUUGUGAUGAUCGCCCCAGGCGUCCAGAUGAUGACCCAGACCGUGACCGCGCUCGGCCAAACCAGGAGCCUCCUCCUAAUCCCCCGAACCCUCCUCCUAAUCCUCCAAACCCUCCGCCUAAUCCUCCAAACCCUCCGCCUAAUCCUCCCAAUCCUCCUCCAAAUCCCCCUAACCCUCCUCCGAAUCCCCCUAACCCUCCUCCGAAUCCCCCUAACCCUCCUCCAAACCCUCCAAAUCCGCCUCCGAACCCCCCGAACCCACCUCCAGCGCCGCCUACUGGGGAUGAUGACGAUGACAAUCGUCCUGGCCAGCCUCGACGACCAGAUGACGAUGACUGA